GCUGGGGUGCGUGGGUCUUGCAAACGAUAGAAGAAGUUGCAGCGUCUCGCAUUAUGUGAUUGAUACUAAGGGGUUGUGUAAUUUUCUAACCUAACCUGUUACGACAUUUGUUUGUAACUUCUGUUAUUUUAGCAAGCGUACAACUUUAUCAUUUCAAAAUGUUCGCUGUCAGGAGGGCUCUGUGUUUCAGUUUUAAAUUGGCAAGGGUACCGCGACGUGGAUGCGCGGGUGCCAUUCCAGUGGACGAUAUAGUGAAUGGUCUCACAGAUGACCAAAUACAGUUGCGGCAGUCAGUCCAGAGAUUCUGCGCAGAGAAACUGGCCCCCUAUGCAGACGAAAUUGACAAAACCAAUGAGUUCAAAGGAAUUAGGCAAUAUUGGAAGGAAAUGGGAGACAUGGGACUCCUUGGGAUAACUGCUCCUGUGGAGGUUGGUGGCUCAGGAUUGGGCUACCUGGAUCAUGUGAUUGUGAUGGAGGAGAUGUCACGGGUUUCUGCAGCCAUUGCUCUCAGCUAUGGUGCCCAUUCAAACCUCUGUGUUAAUCAGCUGGUGCGCCAUGCCAACCCAGUGCAAGCGGAAAAAUACAUGCCCAAGCUGAUGACCGGAGAACACAUCGGGGCCUUGGCCAUGAGCGAACCCAAUGCAGGCUCAGAUGUGGUCUCAAUGAAACUGAAGGCCGAGAAAAAAGGUGACUACUACAUUCUAAAUGGCAAUAAGUUCUGGAUCACUAACGGGCCGGAUGCAGAUGUUCUCAUCGUGUAUGCCAAGACAGAACCCUCGGCAGCAGCCCGCGGCAUCACAGCUUUCAUCAUAGAGAAGGGUAUGCCAGGGUUCAGCACGGCACAGAAGCUGGACAAGCUGGGCAUGCGAGGUUCCAACACGUGUGAGCUUAUUUUCGAGGACUGCAAAGUUCCUGAGGCAAAUCUCCUGGGCCCUCUGAACAAAGGUGUGUACGUCUUGAUGAGUGGCUUGGAUUUAGAAAGGCUGGUACUGGCAGCUGGACCUAUUGGCAUCAUGCAGGCGGUGCUAGACCAUGCUAUUCCAUACCUCCACGUGCGGACAGCCUUCGGACAGAAAAUCGGCGAAUUUCAGCUGAUGCAAGGCAAGAUGGCGGACAUGUACACACGGCUUAGCUCCUGUCGGCAGUACGUCUACAAUGUGGCUCGUGCUUGUGAUAGAGGCCACUUCAGCGCUAAGGACUGUGCAGGGGUCAUCCUAUACUGUGCAGAGAAUGCCACACAAGUUGCCUUGGAUGGGAUUCAGUGCUUAGGUGGGAAUGGGUACAUCAACGACUACCCCUUGGGUCGCUUCCUGAGAGACGCAAAGCUCUACGAGAUCGGAGCAGGCACCAGCGAAGUCCGUCGUCUCAUCAUCGGCCGAUCCUUCAACGCCAUGUUCAAAUAGGCGAUCCUGGAAAUCGCCGGAAGCCUCCAAAUUACAAUCAACCACUGUAAUACUAAAUAAACUCUCACCAGAGCCUUACACAGCUGAUCAUAUGGAACAGAAAUCAAGGACAUUGGAAAUGGAGGAAAGCGCGAGAGGACACAUCUGAUAUUUAGAUGCUUUUCUGAACGCACAAUGGUAAUAGUAUGUAGGACCUAUCAUUACAGGUGGAAUGGGAUCUGUUUUCUAGCUAGGAAACAAGUUCGAAGCUCAUUGAGCUGUAAUGGAAAAUUCCAUUUAAGAAUGUCAAUAUUUGUCUAAGACUUUGCUCAGUUCUUUCCUAGGGAACCAGUCGCGUAAACGCUUCCCAAUCAUUCUGUACUGGCAUAAAUUAAACAUAUUUAAUAUCCAGGCAUCACAUUUGUAGGCUUUGGGAAUGGGAGGACAUUCUCAACCCUGAAUUGCACAGCAUGCAGUUUGCUCAGUAGAAGGAUGAAUCCAGGUAUUCUGGCGUUGCUGUGGUGAUUGUUAGUUGUGUUUGAUUGACCAUACAUUCUUCUGAAUGGACUGUUUCUUUUCCCUCUUGCUAACAGAGAGAACUACAAAGUAUGCACACAAGAGAUUUCUAUAUUUCUUUCCUCCUCCUAAAUGCCAUCUUUUGUAGUCACGUGGUCCAUGGCCAUGUAGAAAGAAAGAAGUUUAAGAUGAGCUGUAUGCAUUUUUCAACCCUUUGUCCUUUAUAGUUAUUUUAUACAUUGCUGUGUGACUCAUUUCAUUAAAUAUGUCUCUCCAUAACUGCUGUGCUUACUCACAAAGCUUUCCUCCAUUGGUUGUUUAAUGUCAUCCCAGAAAUCUCUGUAGUGAAGCUCAUGGUCCUUUGUGUGAUUUUGUCACAGACUCAAGGGAAAUAAUAUACACAAAACAUUGAAUUGCCUUCAUGAAAGUCAGAGAUCUGCCUUACGUGUUCUAUAAGUUGUUUUUUGCUUUUGUUUGUAAACACUGUAGCAAUGUAGGAUGCUUCUUUCUUUUUGGUGUAGAAUAAAAAAAAAAAAAUAAAUUUUCACAGCUGGGUUUGCAAGUGUCUUUCAAAAUGUGCUUAAGGUGCAUGCUUAAAAUGUAGUUGUCUUUCGUGGAAAUUUACGUCUUUGACCUUUUUUUUUAAUGUGCUUGAACAGUUAAUAUUUGACUAUUUGCAUUUGACUAACAGCCAACUCUGUAUUUAACAGAAACACCUCCCAUGUUCAAAUGAGUAAAGAAUGGCUUAAUAAUUCAUGAAAUCACUACAUCAAAUACAUACAUGUCUCUUUGAGUUGAUGGUUCUUUUGUCAGCUGGUAACUUGAUUUUUU